GUUACACACUGGUACUGAAGUUAUACGAGGCAGUAUGGCCUAAGCAUAACAUGGCAGGGAGAGGUCGCGGUCGAUCGUACUCCUUCGAUACUGGGGCUCUAGGUUUCGGAAAAGGCGAUGCAAUACCUGCAGCUAUAUUACAGCCACCCCCUCUUUUCCCGCCACUGGAAUUUAAACCAAGCCCUUUAAGAAAUACAGAAGCAGAUGAGUACCUUUUAGCACUGAAACAAGAAUUUCGUGCAGGAAUGAAAGACUCUCUAUAUUUUGUUAAGACCAGUGUCAAAAGUAAAGAUAUUGCAAGGUAUUCAGACAAAUACAAAACAUCCCAAAGUAAUGGAGCUGGCUUUAUUAUAGAAAAUGCUUUGCUACCAAAAGAAUUACAGAAAAGACUGAAAAGGACUAAAUUAAAAGCUGUUACUCCUGCGAUUGUCAUCAAGAAGAAAAGACCAAAAAAUGACAAGCUUAAUAUUGAUGAAGAAGAAUCUACUACCUUAGAGGUGCUGGAAAAAGUAAUAGAAGAGAAAGUUGUUGCAGACGAUGAAGAUGUGCAAGAGGGCGAUGAGAUUGAAGAAGAAGAAGAGUACUACGAAGAAGAUGAGGAAGAGGAUAAUGAUUAUCUUGUGAACCAUUAUGAUGAAGGAGAUGAUGAAUUUGGAAUGGGUGAUGAUGAUGAUGGUGACGAAGGACCAGUCUACUAAUUGCCAGCAGGAAUCGAGGUAAAGCUCAAACCAUUUGCUUUCAUUGAGUCUCUAGCCCAAGCCAUCCUGAGGACAUAUCCUUGUAAGACUGCCUUGUAAGAGUUCUGGAAAACUGUCUGCGAUACCUGGUUCAGUGAAUUAGAGCAGUUUGAAAUCACAAAGGGAUUGGAGAUCUUUCCAAGCUUGAGCAAAAGAAGAUGAAUUAUAAAGAAUUUGACUGCAUAUACUUUUUUUAAAUCAUUCGAAAGAAGCCAUUUUUCAUACGAAAUGUAUUUUAAGACGUAAAGAAUACAGGAGUGACUGUGAAGUAAUUUUCACAUGAAUAGAAAUGAAGGGAAGGAAAGAAAUAAGGAUCCUUUGUUUGUGCGUAUUAAUGUGAAAUAAUGAUAUUAGUAUUAAUAUUUGAUUAGUUAAUCGAUGAAUCUCGUUGUGAACCAAAAACUGAAGAAAUCACUCUUGAAGCUAGUUACAGAGAUUAGAAGCUAUUUUUAUGGAAUACUUUUAAUAUCUGAAAUUGAAUUAGUAUAUAAAGUAA